CGCUCGUAGAUCUCUCUAUAUAAAUCAAACCUUCGUUAGCAUUAAUAUUCAUCAAUCAAUUCAGUACUUACUUAAGUAAAAAAGAAAAAUCAAAAGUUUUAAGAUAUGGAGGGACUUAUGAAGUUGUCAACGUUGGUGAUCGUCUGCAUGUUAGUAGCCGCUCCAAUGGCGUCUGACGCAGCCAUCUCGUGUGGCGCAGUCACUGGCAACUUGGGUCAAUGCUACAACUACUUGACCCGAGGCGGUUUCAUUCCUCGAGGGUGUUGCUCUGGUGUUCAGAGGCUCAACAGCAUGGCUCGUACCACUCGUGACCGCCAACAAGCUUGUCGUUGUAUCCAGGGAGCAGCUAGAUCCUUGGGUUCCCGACUUAACGCAGGCCGUGCUGCUCGUCUUCCUGGUGCUUGCCAUGUUAGGAUCUCUUACCCCAUCAGCGCUAGAAUCAACUGUAACACCGUCAGGUGAUCAACAAGGGAUAUAGACGUUGAAGGCUUUUCAUAUAAUCGAUGAGAGAGUAUUAAAAAAAUAAUUAAGAUGUCACUAUAUAUAUGAGUGUAUCAUUUUACUGAACUAUUGUUGCUGUGUUUUAGAAUUUGUGUUUUCAUGUCUUUCUUUAUAUACGAGUGAGACGGUCCAUUUAAUUGGUCGUCUGUGUUAUGUACUCCUCUAAUGAUAUAAUGGAAUUUACAAUAUGUAUUGUU